AAUGAUGCUGGUGACCGAGUUACUCCAGCUGUUGUUGCUUACUCAGAAAAUGAAGAGAUUGUUGGAUUGGCAGCAAAACAAAGUAGAAUAAGAAAUAUUUCAAAUACAGUAAUGAAAGUAAAGCAGAUCCUGGGCAGAAGCCAGAAAUGCGGUCCUUGGACCUGGCUUCUCAGCAAUUAUCCCUGAGAGGGAAGAUCCUGGAGAUAUCCUGAGAGCACACAGAGCUUCCCCACACCUUCAGACUUGCACCUUGCUGUCCAGAAGCUGCCCAGCCCUCCUUUCCAACCCACAAUGGCCAGUGCCAAUAGCAGUGCGGGCAUCCGGUGGUCCAGACAGGAGACACGAACUCUUCUCUCCAUACUAGGCGAGGCAGAGUAUAUUCAGCGCCUCCAGACUGUGCAUCACAAUGCAGAUGUCUAUCAGGCUGUGUCUAAGCGAAUGCAGCAGGAGGGCUUCCGCCGCACCGAACGUCAGUGCCGUUCCAAGUUUAAAGUUCUGAAGGCAUUAUAUUUAAAGGCCUAUGUUGCCCAUGCCACAAGUAUGGGUGAGCCACCACACUGUCCAUUUUAUGAUACGUUGGAUCAGCUUCUCCGAAAUCAGAUAGUGACUGACCCAGACAACUUAAUGGAGGAUGCUGCUUGGGCCAAGCACUGUGAUCAGAAUUUAGUGGCCUCUGACGCCCCAGGGGAAGAGGGAACCAGCAUUCUAAAAUCAAAAAGGACUCAGGCAGCUGAUCAUCAGCCUAUGUUGAAAACAGUUAAGGAAUCAGAUGAGGAUUGUCAGCUAAGAAUCAGUGACCGGAUACAAGAAACCAGUGACCUCGAGGACUCCUGGGAUGAAUCCUCGGGUGCAGGGUGCUCUCAAGGGACCCCCAGCUACAGCAGCUCCCACAGCCUUUACAGAGGUGCAGUUGCUCCCUGUCAGAGCAGCCCCAUGGCCAGACUGGGUGUGUCUGGGGAGCCCAGCCCCUGCACCAGCACCAGCCGCAGCACUCCUGGGGUAGCCUCCACACCGCAGACUCCAGUCUCCUCUUCGAGAGCUGGUUUUGUUUCUGGUGGGGAUAGGCCCUUGACCAGUGAGCCCCCUCCAAGGUGGGCAAGGCGAAGAAGGCGGUCAGUGGCCAGGACUAUUGCAGCCGAGUUGGCAGAAAACAGGCGAUUGGCACGAGAACUCUCAAAGCGGGAGGAAGAAAAACUGGACAGGCUGAUUGCUAUUGGUGAGGAGGCCAGUGCUCAGCAAGACACUGCCAAUGAGCUCCGCAGGGAUGCUGUCAUCGCAGUCAGACGUUUGGCAACAGCAGUGGAAGAGGCAACUGGUGCUUUUCAGCUAGGCCUUGAAAAAUUGCUUCAGAGGUUGAUUUCGAAUACCAAAAGCUAGGAACCAAUUAUAAAAGGCUCUGUUUCCUAAACUGGUAGAAGUCUAUUUUCCAAACCUGCCUUCUAAAUCCCUGGCUCCUUUUCUAUGUCCUCAGAAAAAAACAUGGAUGAACCAUGUAUAUCCAGAAAGUACAAAUAUAAUUGCUAAUUCAUUUUCCCAAGAUUCUCCACCAAAUGGAAGACCUUUCAGAAAUGCCAGGGGUGGCCUAAUAGAAAACAAUGGAGCCAUGUUCUAGAGAGCUGGUUCAUCGUAGCUUUGUCACAGAUGUGAAGCAGUUUACUUUACCUCUCUCCAGCGGUUCCCUCAUCUGUAAAAUGGGGAUCAAUAAUAACUCCUGCCCUGCCUACCUCACAGGGUUGUUGUGAGGAUCACAUGGUUCAUAGAUGUGAAAGAGUUUAAAAGUUUAAAAGCACUGUACACAUUUAAGUUAUUAAUGCAUAUGGCCUUGGCUGAGGUAAGGCACAUUAGUUUACAAGAUACAGGAGUAUGGAUGUAUACUGUGACUUCAUUGCUUGAAUCUUUCUUUUGCUGGUCUAACUUGACUGCUUCAUGGAGUUUGAAAUCUUAAUUUUUAAAUUCCUUGUGUGGCUCAUUAGACUAGUAUAAGCACAACCUGUAUUUGUACCUUAAUCUCUUGUUUCCACUACUGUGUCUCUGACAUAUCUACUAGUAAGCACUCUUGUCAAACUGUCUUUCUAGCCUUCAUUUUACUGGUUCUUAGUCUCUUAUCAAUAUAAGGAAAUAAGUGCCAGGGAGCCACCAUAGUGUGUUAUGGUUUACAUCGAUAAUCUUCAAUAUAAAAUAUUGGCCAUUUUAUAAAAUAUUAAAUGUAUGUAAAUUCUUUGCAUUUCAUAUUA